AUGAAAAUUAGAUAUAAUUUCUUAAGAUUACUUUUAUUAUUUUUUAUAUUAAAAGUUAAUUUUACCAUUUUUUCAUUAAAAUGUUAUUCAUGUGCAAAUGAUUUUGUUGUUUGGCAUUGGCGUCAUUUUUUUUUAAGAAGAAAUUAUGCAUUAGGUUCAAGUGAUAAUGAAUGUAUGGAUAAAUUUUAUACACCUGAAUCUUUAACUGUAUGUAGUACAUCUUGUUUUAUUUUUAUACUUAAUGGUACGGAUAAGAAUUCUGGUAAUACAAUAACUUUAGGUGUUGGAAGAGGAUGUUCUUCACAAUUUUUAUCUGAGGAACAAUAUAUGAGUCGUGGUUUAGGAAUAUAUUCUGGAAAAUCAAAUGUUGGAAAACAUUUAACACAAAAUUUUGAUAAAUAUGCUCUAACUGAACAUUGGUGUUUUUGUGACACUGACAAAUGUAAUUAUGACCAUUGUUUUACUGACUUUAGAAAACAUCAUAUUGCCGCUAAACAACAAUUUUCACAAGCAUCUCUUUGGAAUCCUACUAAUGUUGAUAAUAUUCCUUUCCCUUCUUAUGAAACAGAUUCAUUUUUAGGAAGACGAAGAUCUCCAACCUCUCAACAAUUAUCAUUUUAUAAAAAUGGUGAAUUUGAUUUGUGGUCAUAUUCUACAACGGGUGUUUCAUCAAAUGUUAAAAUUAAUUAUUUAACUCUUACUAAUACAUUUCUAUUUUUAUUUUUUAUCUUUUUUUAUUAUCAAAACUAA